GGAGAGGUGAAAGGUUAAAGCGGAGGGUGAAAAUGGCGGCGCCCAGGGGUGCGGUGGUGCUGAAGACGGUAAAGAAACUGGUGGUGCAGUUUUGCCCGUUUGAGUCCAAUGUUCGCUCUGUGAGGGAGUUUCUUGCUGUGGUUGGAACUGAAAAGGCCAGAUCAACAAAUGCCAACUGUGAAGUAAUAGCAGACGUGAAGCAUGACAGAUCAGAUCCCAUUGUGGAUGUUACCUUUGCUGAUGGGGAGAGGCUCGUGAUGAAAGCAGCAAACCUGUCCAGCACAGAGAUGCUGUCGGCCCUGAGGUCCCGGUGCUUGGAAAAGGACCCCCAGGCGAAAGAGGGAGCCAAGAUGUAGAUGUGUUCCUUCUGUACAUGUGUAAAUAACGUUGUGUGUGAAUUGUUCCAUUUCGUUCAAAACGAGAGACUUGUUCUUCUCAUCAAUAAAAUAUAAGUCCACUUAUUCAA